UUUUAAUACAACUACAACCGCCGCGCCGCCGACGUAAACAAAUUGCCCCUUUAAAAAAAAAAAUUAAAAAAUAAUUGUGCAUGUUUUUUGUAUGUUCUUGUGAUAUAAAUUUUUAUUGUGGUGUUAUACAAGCCCAGCCAAUUUAUCCAAUCAAUCAUAUUCGUAUAAAAGAAAAAAUUACCCCAAGUGACGUCGAAACGAAUUUGCCAAAUGCGCCUGAACUGAAUUUUAUGAUACAAACAAAACACAGCUAAAACCAACAAUAGAAAAUAGGAAAAACGAAACGCUUAAACAACGCUGGCUGCUACUGGUGUAAAUGGUGUAUGGAAUAAUAGUGGUGGAAUGCAUGCGAAAAAGGAAAAAAGCCAAAACGAACGAAAAAGUCGUAAAAAUUAAAAGGUGCAUUGUAAACAUUCAUUCGGGAAUUUAGUGAAUAAAAUCCCCCAAAAGGUGUGGAGUAUCGUGGACAGGCAAGAAAGAACGUAAACAUAAGACUGACUGACAGCAGCACUCUUUUUUUUUUGUGUGCUGGGACUGAAACGAAUUUGAACUGAGUUAGAAAUUAAAAAAAAAAAUAAUUGAAGAAUUGUCGUCAAUACGGAAGUGGCCCCUAAAAAAAGACUGCAUGGAACUGUGAGUAGCAAACCAGAGCGAAAGGAAAGGAUCCAAAGAAACGAAACAAAACCAAAACAAAGACAACUGCGACACCUGCAAUCAUACGAGUGACGAGAAGGAGUGCAGAAAAGUGCAAACACUACACAAAACCUCGACAUCGAAGAAUCAACAUCAUCGCUGCUGAGGAGGAAGAGCACCAUUAAUGCUAUCCUACGUAAUACCUGCCCAGGAAACAUCGGCUUCAAAUGGUGGCCGUGGUGCAACGUCGCAUCAAGGAGACGUUGGUGAGGCACAGGCAGGACCAUUGCUUUCGUCACCACGCAAUAGCCUAAGUCUUAGAUUAAACUCGCAAUACAUGGCUGGAGCAGAUUCCCAUACCGAGGUGGAUGCCCUGCUGGCAAAUGUGAAUGUGGCAUCUGCUGGUGGCCAUGAGUACUAUGACGAUGAACGCACCCAUUUGCUGAACGACACAAACCACACAUCAUCGACUCCGGUGGUUAAGCGUCAGAAUAGUAAUGGCAGCAAUAGCAACAACAACAACUCUUUCAGCCUGAACAACAAUAGAAGAAACAGUAAUGGCAGUAGCGGUGCUGGUGGUGGUGCUUUAGCGGAAGCCACUGCCACUUCGGCAGAGGGCUGUGGCGAUGACGUUGUCAAUGUUAAUGUUUGUGGCAUAGCUGAGGAAACAUUUUCCACUGACGCUAUCGCAUCCCACCAACAUCAACAUAGUGCGGCAACCGAUGUCAGCAAUAAGUUGCCAGCACAGCCCGAAGAAUCCCAGAAUCCCCGCCAACAAACGAUCGCAGCUAACACAAAGAAGCCCAAACUCAGCAAAUUGGGUUCAAACAAAACGGUCGGACUGAAAAGGGUAUCAUUUGGUUCCUCCAAAGGCUCCAUGGUAGAAACAUUGGUGUUUGAAACGCCAACACCAUUGUCUGAACAUGUGGAGCCAAGUUUUGGAUUUGGUUCAGAUGGAGACUACAAAUCAAAUAUGGAUGACAGCGGCAUAGAGGUUCAAGAAGAGUCAGAACGUUCUAUAGUGCGAGUAUCAAUAUAUCAAAGUAGUAAACCGCAACAAAUUUGCCCUCCCGAGUAUUUUACGAAAUUCGAAGAUAACUUAGAUAAUUCUUUAAGUAAUUAUAAUUGUAAUUUAGACGACAUAAUGACGACAGCAUCACCAAUUCCCGGUUAUGACAGACAGCAAAGUACUGACUCUGGCUGGGAUAAUCCCUUUCGCCCUGGUGGCGAUUUAUCUAGAGAGGCUGAUGAAAUUGUUAAAAUGAUAAGUGGAGGUAAGCCCAUAACACCCACAGAAGAUAAUGCGAUAGCCAAUGGAAAGUCACAGAGUAAUGGUACUAGCAAUGGUACGGUAGUAACUGAAGAUAUAACAAAAUCCAAUGUAUCGCAAAAUCAGUCCGCACAAAAUGGUACUCAUAGGGUGCAGCCAACCGCAGCAGCAGCCGGUGGCGGAGGAGGAGCUGCCGCUAAACCAACAGAAAACAAUGGUGUUACAUCUCUAGCUCAAGUCUCAAAGCAAGUGGUACCUGGACCUACGUCGGCUAGUCAUGUUGUUAUAGACGAAAAGAAAAAUAAGAAAAAGGGCUGUUGUGUUAUCCAAUGAACGAAUGCAGCGGUUCCGAACAUGUUUACAAUGCUGUUGAUAGUGGUUAGAAGGAGAAUGGGGAAAAUAGAGCGAGCAACUGAUGAUGAAGAUAAUGAUAAUGAUGACGAUGAUGAUGAUAUGCAUGAUGAAUGUGCCGUCGCCGCCGCCGCCGCCAACGACGGUGUGCACCACUUAGCAUGCCUAUUUGUUUAUGUAUAGAAAAACAAAAAAACUAUAUAUAUAUAUAUAUAUAUAUAUUAUAUAUUAUUCCUAAUAUAUUUUUUACUAAGCAUAUUUAUUAUUUAUAUAUUAUACAUGUUUUGCGACAACGGCAACAGCAAAGGCAAACAACCGGCAAUGGCAACUAUGUAACCAUGAUGUAGUAGUAAAGAAACAACAACAACAACAACAACAAAAGAAAAGAAAGCAAAAACACAAAACACAAACAACAGCAACAUCAACCACCACAACAAACAACCACUAUCCCAAAAUCAAAAUCAAUUAACGAAAAAAAAAUUACUGACAAAGAGAAACAAAGUGAUUGAUAGAAAAGGAAACUAUAAUCACCAAGAUCUAAGGAUCUUUUCAGUUUGUCCUUCGUUUUGUAGGGUUUUUCUGGUCAGUCUUUCCUUUUUUUAAACUUCCUGUUUCCCUUUUAUAUAUGCUCCCUACACUACUGUUGUUUUAUUUUUUUGUUUCUUAUUUUUAUUAGAAAUAGUCUAUGAAAGGGAAGCUAUCUUUGUGUACACAUCCAUUAUACUGUGUUAGUACUUUUUUAUUAUUAUUAUUAUUUUAAAUAUACUCGUAUUUAUUUUUAUUUUUAUAUUAAUUUUUUUUUAUUUAUUUUCUUUUUAAUCUUGUUCUUCUUUCGUUAUUUUUCGUCUUUUGUUUUGUUUGUCUCGUUUUUGUUUGUUAAUGUGUCCCUCAUGUCCCUGAGAAGAAAAAUUAUAACGCAUUUAAUAAACCAAGAGCAAAACAAUUUCUGCACAGAUGCCACCACCACCAC